AUGGAUGUUGCUGCUGCUGCAAUGACCAUAAAGAUGAAGACUUGUUGUGGAUAUGGUGGCAUCAAGACCAUGGAAAUAAGAUGGGCAACUAGAAAGGAUUACAGCAAGCAAGUGUCAACAAAGUUAAAACCAAGAAUACCCAUUUUCAUAUCCACGAACCCUUCUCAUAUAAACCCUCAAGAACUGAGAGACCUCUACAGCAGCUGCAACCACUCCUGCCACAGGUUUCCAAGGGUGGACAAUACGGGAAAACUAGUGGAACCAGUUGACAUCAAGAAACUAAGCAUUGCUCUUUCUCACAGUGCUCUUCUUGUCUCUGUCUUUUGCAAUACAGAAGAUGUUGUAGCUAGUGAUGAUGAUUGUGGAAAUGAGGAUGAACCCAGUGAAAGAGAGACUACUCCUUUGGUGGGUUUGGGAGAUUUGUUGCAGAGGGUGGUGCCUUUUCCUGUGGUUUCACCUUCCACUGGCAAGUUAGUGGGAUUUGGCCGUGCUGUUUCUGAUUAUGGAUUGACUGCUUCCAUCUUUGAUGUCAUGGUUAUUCCUUCGUUACAGGGAAUGGGAAUUGGGAAGAUGAUAGUUAAAAGAAUCAUAAGAAUACUCACAAGUAGAGAGAUUUAUGACAUUGCAGCCCUUUGCUCGGCUGAUGAGAGGCUGUUCUUCAAAGCCUGUGGAUUUGGAGAUGACAUAAUGGGGUCAACUACAAUGAUGUAUACAAGGACUCUUUCAACUCAUAUUGAAGGUGAUCCGAUGGUUAAACAUGCAGGUCGAAAACUUUUGCUAGCUCCACCACUAAGAAAGUCUUCAGAGUCUUUGAAGAACUCCAAAUCAUAA